AACGUGUCUCUGUGUGUUUGUGUGUGCGCGCGCGCGAGCUGCUGCAUGUGUAUAUGUGAUACAUUGUAUGCAUACGCCAACAGCGACUGCACCGCUGCCGGAGCUCAGCGUUAAUUAAAAAGUGCCCGAGAGCAGCGACGACGACGGCGGCGGAGCCCCAUGCGUGACCCUCAGCAAUUCGCGACAGAAUCAUUACUCCUCCUCCGACCAAGGUCUUCUACUAAUUUUAUCGUCUUCUAACCGACUAACAACUAAGAUAACGAAUACUAACAUAUCCAAGAGAACUGUCUUCCUUCUUCGAGAACAAGAAAAAAAAUAACGAUACUCAACGAAAAUUUUAGUCUUCGCCGUUAUAGUAAUUGAUUAAAAAAACAAAAAAAGUGCGUCGAAAGUGUGUGUGUGUGUGUGUCAGCGCGAAACCAAUCGACAAUUCGACAAUCAUGCUCAAUAGUGAACUAUGCACCGCCAGAACAACGCCGGCCUGCGACUGGACCUGACGCAGAACACUCCAGACAGCUCGUUGUUGAGCGGCAGCAGUGCUUCCAACAAUCGUCUACCGAGCCUCGUCGUCGAGCAUGCCGAGGCCCCCCUGUAUAACGGCCAGCAGCAGCAUCAGCAGCAGCAAGGGGCAAUCAACAACGAAGGACACUCCUCCGGCAACUAUCAGUAUCAUCGUCCGGCCCUAAUAGGCGAGAAUUUAAACAGCAAGCUACCGAACGUAGUCGAGGGCUCAAUGGACUAUGGUAGCAGCGAGCGCAGGUCGUCCCGCUACCUCGUGGAUUACGACGCGGCCGCGGGCCUCUCCUCGGCCAAGACCAUCUAUCAUCAGGAGAUCGUGCCGUCGUCCUCUCUCAAUUAUGGCGUCGCCGAGAGCGGCUAUCUCGACCGCGGCUAUCAUCCCGUGUCGAGGAUGGGCACCUACGAUCGUAAGAACACCGUCGGCUUCGACGACGGUGGUCGCUACGGUGGCGACCCCGGGGCCACGGCUCGGAUGUAUGGCCACCGCGACGACGCGGUGGGCAGCAACGGACCGAGAUUCGAGCGCGAGCGAGGCUACGCCGAGUCGGAUCUCGACGCGCCCUACGAUCCCGUCCGGUCGUACGGGGGCGCGACCGAUCCGUCGCAAGACCCCACGAGACGAUACUCGAGGGAGCUCAAUGACUACGAGUUCGCUCGCUACGCCGAGGAGACGCUGAAACUCGAGCCGAAGAAGGCCAGCGCGAGGGUGACUUACAGCGACGUCAGCAGCACGCACAAUGGCUACGAUUCCGGAGGAAUCAAGACCAAUCACGAUCAUCAGGCGUACGAUUUGGCCGCGGCUCAGCAGCAGGCCGAGAUGCUUCAUCGAGCGGCAGCCGCGGCUUACGACAGUGGCGGCAAGUACCACGGCGGCGGCGGUGCCAAGAUGUACGGCACCCUGCCCAGGCGCAUCGUCGCGGGCCCACGACGAUAG